UUAAGUCUUCUUAAUAGCUGUAGCCUCAUUAUUUUCCACGUUGUGGCAUCAGACAGCUAUUCAAUUUAAUUCUGGAGUGGCAGUGAGGAUUGCUCUCUUUACGUACAACAUAAUUCAAUAUUUUUUCCCUUCAAGAUUUUAUUAAGCAAUGAUCAUCGUGGGACUUCAUUUUUUAUUAGUUCCAUUCCUCAAAAACAUCCUGGGAGAGGCCCAAUAUGUAAUGCAAGAUGCAGCACUGAUGAACUACAUAGACCAGCGUAUCCUAUCUUUAGAGAACAGACUGGAGAAAUGCAACCAAGACAUACUGGACUAUGUUGAAGAAUUUCAAGACUUUGCAAAGUUGGUACUGUCACGUCUGUCAGGACUGAACAGUUACAAGACUGAGGUUAAAGAUGAAGUAGAGAAUUUGCUAACAAGAGUUGAACGAGCACAGAGGGACAUUGACUAUUUUGGAUCUGUGAGAGAUUCUAAGACAUGCGUAGAAGUAGAUGAAGACCUCGUGAAACAGCAGCUAUUAGAAGAAGCAGAAGAAAAAAGGAAACUUAAAGUCAUGCUUAAUGCAAGUUGUGACUACAUGCUUACAAGUGUAAAGUCCCUAAAGAUAGUCAAGAAGACUGGAGAUAAGCAUGGUUCUUGGAUGAAAGAUCCGGGCAAGAAGCACACAAAGAUUUAUUUAUUAAAUGGUACUGUGAAUAAUGUUAUUUUUGAAUUUGCAAACAUCAUGACUUUCAUGGAAAGCAAUCAUACACUAAAAGCUCGCAGAGUCAUCCUGCCAUUUCCCUGGGAAGGGACUGGCCACAUUAUUUACCAGGGUUUUCUUUUCUAUCACAGACACGGCUCCUUAAAUGAAAUAAUUAAAUUCAAUAUCCAGAAAAGAAAUAUAGUUGACUAUAUGCUAUUGCCAGGGGCUGGAAGAAUUCCUGCCUAUCAACUUUCUCCAUCUACAAAAAUAGAUUUUGCUGUUGAUGAGCAAGGGCUCUGGGCAAUCCAUGCAGAACCAGAGAUUGGAGGAAACCUUGUAAUUACCAAAAUCAACCACAUAACCAUGUCAGUGGAACACACUUGGGAUACAACAUGCAGCAGCAAGGAUGCUGAAGCAGCUUUCAUGGCAUGCAACACACUCUAUGUGGUGUACAACUUUCCUAGUGGAGGCACCUCUCGCAUACAAUGUGUAUAUGAUGUUUUGGGUACUGCAAAUACAUAUGAAAUACCAGUAUUGCAUUUUCCAAAACGUCAGGGUAGCCAUUCCACUAUUCAUUAUGAUCCCAAGGAAAAGCUGCUCCUUGCCUGGGGUGACGGAUCCCAGAUUAUUUAUAAGCUUCAAAACCAGAAAAAAGCUUAGAAUCUUGACUAACUUUUCAAAUACAUCUAAAAGCUAACAGUCUCACGUCAGUGUGGAAUUAAUAUAAUUUUGAUGAACAAUAACAACCAUCUGCUACAAUUUUCAUUUUUUUCACAUAAAUUAAUGCUUACACAUGCCAGCAAUCUUAAGUUAGCGUCCAUUUAAAAAUAUGUAUCCAUAAAUAAGAAUUAACUCAUGAAUUAGUACCAUAUGAAUACAUACAAACUAGUCUUAAAGAGCACGGUAAAAAUAAAAUGGGUGUGUAUACAUACACACAAACACAUCUCUGACAUGUUCUACUCCUAUUAAAACUAUGCUUUCUGCUUCAUUGUCAUGGAAAAUCAAUUAAGCCCUUCCUAUCAAACACAAACUAUUUUACUGCCUUUGGUAUCUCAGUUCACUGUAAAAAAGAAAUCUUUAUCAAAAGGGCUGUAAAAAAAAAAAAAAAAAUCACAUGGUACUGGAGGAGCUAUCUAUAGUGAUCUAACAGCAAAGAUUUACCAUUUUGCAAAGCAAAGCAGUAUACAUCCUUGCAAACACAUGGCCUAUGUUUAACACACAAUCUUCCUGCACACCAUAUCAAGGCUAUUUCUAAAAACUGAUUUUCUAGCCUAUUUCCACAAAAAUUUUUUUGUGAAAUUUUUUUCAAAAUUUUUAUUGCCUGCAUAGCUGCCCAGGCCACGUUUGGUCUAACAAACACAUUAAUUGUGGAUAGAUAUUCUCACUUAUCAGCUUCAAUUUGCCACUUUGCAACUUUUUUCAGUGUAUUACUGUUUAUUUGUAGGAGCGAACAUUCCCGUAUCUGUUCUGAACCACAUGCUGUUUAAUUGUUUUACUCAGCAGUAAUUGCUUUCUUUCCACUGUCAGCAUCUAGCUCUGAGGUACUUUUUCAAUAUUCCCAAACAUUUCUAUUGUUCACAGCUAAGUCUUUCUUUCCUAUCCUCUGACUCCAGCAAAAUAUCCGUACAGAAAGUGUGGACAAGAUGAGCCCAAGUAGUGCAAGUGAGUGCACAUCACUUGCUCCCCUUUGCUAGGAACUCCACAGAAAUACAGCUUCAUUUGCUUCAAAAAAAACCAAACACAACCAUCCAACAAAAAACAAAAUACACGCGCUGGAACCUAGGAAAAUACAGAUUUUGGCUUUAGCAUCCAGAUUUUAACUGGAUGUUCAUUACACAAAAAAAAAGUACUAGAAAAGCAAUCCAUAGAGAACCCAUUUUGUUCUUUACACUGAAAGUGCUGAUCUGCUUAAAAGGCGCUUGCACAGAACAAAAAUCAGGGAAUUGUUUUGUAAAGGAGUUCCAGAACACAGCUAAAAGAGUAUGGACUGAGAAAUUACAAUAAUAUUGGUCUGAUUUCAGCAAGAGAAAAUAUCAUUCUAAACAGUCUUAAUGACUACAGCAUUAAUUUCAUGUUGUAGACGCCACAAGGAACAGUUAAAGACAGACUUAGAACAAGGAGGGCUGGAUAUGAUUUGCUGUGUGACCAUAGGUGAAAGGCAUAUUGCAUUAUUUAGCCUUUUAUUCCUCAUUUGUGAAGUUACACAUGCAAAAUAAAGUAUUAACCACCCCUGGAAAGCUUUGAGAUCCUUACUGUAAAAGGAUGUGUAAUCUUGACUUAACAAAU